GGACUAAGCCGUGACCGAACACCACCAUAUCAUCAUCAUCAUCAUCAUCAUCAUCCUUGUCAGGGAGAAAUGUCGAUGCUUGGGCUGGUGCUAGGGAGAGCUCGGGUUAGAGUGUAGUUUCACUUUGCAAAGAGGCAGAAAACGAAAGUGAUCUUGGAAGGAGACUGCAUGGGUUUCCCCGGGCCCAGAGAAGGGGCCGGUUAGCCACCUCUCCCCAGGGCCAAGUGCCUCACUAUUUAAAUCCUUCAAGGGUCAUCGUCCGUCCAUCGGCCCAGCCGCGAUGGAGCCGGCCAGGGACCUGUACGACACUUGGGGCUCUGAGCUGGACGCUUUCGUGGCCGAGCAGCUGCAGCCCGACGGGUUUUGGCAGGAGCUGGUGCGGGACACCUUGCAGAGGGUCCGGGACUUUCUGUGCCACGUCUGCCCCUGGGACCAGCUGGACCUGGGACGGGACACCCGGGUCCUCAAGGUGGUCAAGGAUGUUUCUAAAUGUGCACCCUAUUUCAGCUUUACAACACAUCGAGAUACACUUAUGGGAAGGAUCUGGGAGAGAACCAGAAAGGAUUCCGGGAAACCCCUAACCCUCUUACUAGACGGAUCCAGGAAAGGAAACACGCUAGAGAUCGGGCCAUUCCCUCCCUCGACUGGGGCUGAGAUCCAGAGUCGGGAGGAGCCGGAGAAGCGGAGACACCGACGUCUUUCUGUUUCCAGACUUGUCAUCCUGGACCCGGCUGACCCCACCAACAAUUUGGGUGAGGGGACGAGGUGGGACCUGGUGGCCCAGGAAGCUACCUACUGCCUGAAGCAGGACUGAUGACGGAACACCGGCCUGACCAGCCCCCACGGCCUUUCCCAGCCGAUGGGCCCUCAGACGAGGCCCGGUCCUGCUGGAGGUGGCCAGUGGCCCCAGUUUGCGAGCUGCUGCGUCCUCCUGAGACCCAGGGAGGGAACUUCCGGGCCCUUCCUUCCUCUGAUCCUCUCUUAUCCUCUCUUGGGAAGGGGCAGGAGCCCUCGCAUCCCCAAGUGGGAAAGGACCGGGGCCGGGAGUCAUCACUCGGCUCUCCUUCCUCUCCCCACAGCCCGCGAGAGACGUGCGGGUGAGGGUGAGUCGUCGAAUUCGCAGACCUGGACUCUGUGGGUGAAUCCCUACAACCCCAUCCAGGACAUCAAGGAGGAGAUGGAGAGCAAGCUGGGCAUCUGGCCCGGCCAGCAACGCCUCUCCUUCCAGCCUCCGGGGGAAGAGCAGCGGCUGCUGGCCGGCCGGAGUUGCUUGGCCGCCUACGGCGUCUUCUCCGGGAUCAACAUCUGGCUGCUGGAGACCUACCACCCUCAGAUCCAGCUGUUCGUGCGAUCCUCUAGUGGCAGGACCAGAGCUUAUGCCGUCGACCCCCGGCACCCCGUCCGCGUGUUGAAAGAGCAGAUCGAAGACAACAGUGGGUUUCCCAUGAGGUGGCAGCAGCUGACCUAUGAGAGUCGACAAGUGAGCCACCAUCACAGCUUCGAACAUUAUAACAUCCAGGACAGCACGACGGUUGACUUAGCGGUGAGGGGAGCGUAUUAGAGCCAAACGCAAACCCUCAAGGAGAUGCCGAUCCCGGUCCACCUUGGAUCCCCCGGGCCCUAACCCACUGCCGAGAUCUCCCGGCCUCUGUCCUGCUGCUUCUAUUCCCCAGCCAGUGACCCCUAGCCAGUACCAGCCCUAGAAUUCAAAGCUUCCUCACGCCCCACCUUGCCAUCGUCCUCCUGGAAUCCACGCAUGAGCCCCUCCCUCCUCCUUAGACUGUGAGCCCCAUGCCGUCAGGCUCUGUGUCUGAUUUAAUUAACUUGUACCUUC